AUGAUGGGACUCCUGAGGCUCAUGCGCGCCGGGGCACUGGCCCUGCUGUUUUCGGUGCCUGCUCUCGCAGUCGAUACGAGCAAUUCCACUCAGCAAAUCUUUGUGACCUCACACAAACCAGUUUUGGACGUAACCAAAGACGUGCAGGCCUUGUAUGAUUUGAGAAAUCACACAUUUGAUUUGCCUGAGCACUUCGGCCCUAAUGCUCGUAUCUCCCAUAUCUACCUGACCAACACGACUGAUGAUUUCCCUCUGGCCGACUUUUUCGAUACUGGUUCCUCUACAUCCCUUACAACUAUCAAAAAGCGCUAUAGUGAGACUGUUACCACUCGCACCUGCCUGAGCCCUCCUCAGUACGAUAACCGCCUCAUUACAUAUCAACAGCAGGUGUUUAUCGCCGGCGAGCUCUGUGAUUUCGUGGCGAAUGUCUCCCCGUAUUUCUACACUUUUGUUGGCAUGAAGAUUCAAAACCUCGCUUGCGGCGAGGACUUUGGCUAUACUUGCACCGGCUUUUGGGGCAUUGCGAAUACCGCAGCUGGGGCCUAUAUCGGGCCGGGCAUCAAGGCCAUGUGCAAAAAGUCUUAUGAUUCACUCAUCGCAGCUUGCGAUGAGAAAGGAGGAUAUGAAACAGUUAAGAUCAAGCAGACGGGGAAGAGUUUCGAGGUCUUUGGAUACGCCAACUCUGAAGAAAGCGAGUCAUGUACCAGUGUGGGAAGGACUACUUGUGAAGUGUACAGAUGUGACGGAGACUGCAAUCCCGGGGGAGGUACCCCUUGA